ACCUGUGUUUAUAAUUUUUGCAAGUGGGGUUUCCUGUGUAUUUUCAAAAUGGCGGACGGAUCAAGAGCAAGGAAACAGAGAGUUCUCUUUGUGGGUUUGUGUUGCUUAGAUGUCAUCUCCGUGUGCGAGUGCUAUCCAGGGGAAGAUGAAGACCUUCCUGCCCUAUCACAACGCUGGCAAUGUGGUGGAAAUGCCGCAAAUCAGUCAUUUGUUCUUUCUCAACUUGCAACACACUCUAUUGAAUUCUUUGGUAGCGUCACAGAUGGCCCAGGCGCAAAAUUUGCUUUGAAUACUCUACGCGAAAGUGGUGUGAACUGCGCAAACUGUUCAAUGUUUAAAGGAUAUAGCUUCCCCUCUUCCUGUGUUAUUUGUAGUCUGAAAUCUGGAACGCGGACCAUUGUACAUCACAGAGGGAACUUGCCUGAGGUUUCCAUGGAGGAAUUCGAUAAACUCGACUGAAAGCACUAUGACUGGAUCCAGUUUGAAGCAAGAAGAAACGUCGAUCAAACGCUUGCAAUGUUAGAAAAAGUGGACAGGCACAAUAGAACGAAUAGCAACCAAAUCACUGUCGCUGUCGAGAUCGAAAAGAAAGAGGAGAGGUUACAAGUUUUGUUACCAAAAGCAGAUGUUAUUUUCAUCAGUAAGGAUUUCGCCAAGCAUCUAGGUUAUAUGGACUCUAGAAGUGCUUUAUGUGGGUUAUACCCCCAAGUACGGCCAGUGGCCAUGUUGAUUUGUCCUUGGGGAGCUGAUGGUGCCUAUGCAAUGAAUGGAAGUGGGGCUGUUCUACACAGUGAUGGGUACCCUCCUCCUAUCGUGCGAGACACUUUAGGGGCGGGGGACACGUUUAUUGCUGGAGUCAUUGAUGCAUUAAUCAAGGGUUGUAGUUUAGAGGAAUGCCUCUCGCUAGGGUGUAAACUUGCUGGGUAUAAGUGUGGUGUUGACGGAUAUAGUGGAUUAGGAAAGUACUGGAAACAAAUCUAUACGAAGUUAUAAUAAGAGAAAAAUAUUAUUUUAAUCAAAUUUUACAACAUUACAAUUCUAUUUAGGUUAUAGUUCUUUAGGAUAUCAGGAAAUACAUGUAUCAUAGGGCCACAACAGCAAUUUGUUGCCUCCACCAAAGCAUACAAAUUCAAGCACUUGUCAUCUAUAUUUCUAAGGCGUGGAAUGCAUCUCCCAUAAGCUUGCCAUAAUCCACACCAGAUGGCAAGGAAGACUUGAGCCAGCACUUACUCUUGUUAGCAAUCAUCUCCCAUUCAUCUUUCCUGUUAAAUAACUUUCCAGAUAGCCAAACAAGAACAAGCACUGUUGCCCAGAUGUCACUACCCAAGUCUGGAAUGGACUGUGGCUUGGCAUUCACCAGGACAUCCUUAGAGACAUUUAAGCAGGCAGCAAGAGCAUCAAUUGGCUGGAGGAAAUGAAUCUCUUAGCUGCAAGUCGAUGCAAGACAAGGGAGUUCUCUUGAUUUGGAAGAAGCACAAACUUGACAGUGUUCUCAAUGUGUUUUGCUUCUCUACCCUCUUGAAGUGUUGCCUUUACGGUGGCAUGACCAAUUCCUUUGGCAUUGGAAUCAUUGUUUAGGUUCUUGAAUACCCCAUAAGCUAUCAGUCUUUCACCCUUGAAUACUGGUGGGAGCUUUGAUUGGACUUCUUGUAACUUCCAUCCAUCUGGUAAAGCCCAUGAAAGUGCCACAUCUGUCAGGGCAGGCUGUAGGGCUCUCUUCAGUGUCCUAAUAACCUAUAAACACAACUUAAAGUUAAAUAAUGGUGACAAGAUUUUGAGUGUCAAAAUGCAUCAUUGCAAAGUUGGACAUAAAGUCAAGGUGUGUAAUUCAGGGCACCUGUGCCUCUGAUGCCAAAAUGAGUCACUUUUGUUCAAGAAUCAACAAAAGGUGUUUCCAUUUACAAAA